AGAGGAUGACAAUGGAUCAGAGCCUCCUGGACCAACUGGUGUUAAAACGUCUGACAAUGGGUCAAGUGUUUCUAAUGCCAACCAAUCUGGGACAUCUGACACAAGAGGAGAUUCAAAGGGAAAAAAUGACCUGAAGAAAGCAAUUCGUCUUCAGCUGGGUCAACAUAAAAAUGACCCGAAGAUCUCUGAGAUGGUGACGUUUGAAAGUGGGAAAAAGAGCGUAGUCACGUCAAAAGAUUUAUUUACCAACAAUGUGCGAACUGUACUGAUGAAAGGAGUCCCUGGUGCUGGCAAAACAUUCCAGACAAAAACGUUCAUGAUCGACUGGGCAAAAGGAAAAUCCAACCAACACAUAAAGGCUUUAAUGACCUUUGAUUUCAAAGAGUUGAAAACAAAGAAGGAUGAAGAACAAAGCAUGGAAUCUCUGCUGGAUGAUUUCUUCAACAAAAAAAAUGCUGUGGUUUCCAAUGAUGACAAGAAUAAAAUAUGUUUUAUUCUCGAUGGCCUGGAAAAAUGUGAACUUCCUCUUGACUUUGUAAACAACAAAGAACUUAAAGACUUGAAGGAAGCAGCAUCAAUGGAUGUGCUGCUAACGAAUCUGAUCAAAGGAAAUCUGCUUCCUGAUGCUCAUAUUUGGAUCAUUUCUCAACCAAAAGGAGUUGAUAAGAUUCCAUCUGAAUAUAUCAACAAAACUGUUCAAUGUAAAGGAGAUGCCAAGGAGGAAAAAUACCUGAAGGAAGUAAUACUUCAGGAGGUGGGUCGACAUGAAAAUGACCCAAAACUCUCAGAGAUAGUGAAGUUUGAAAGUGGGAAAAAGAACUUAAUCACGCCCAAAGAUUUAUUUACCAACAAUAACUCUCUGAUUUCACAACUUCAUGGUUGGUCCAAUAAUGUGCGAACUGUACUGAUGAAAGGAGUCCCUGGAAUUGGUAAAACAUUCCAGACAAAAACGUUCAUGAUCGACUGGGCAAAUGGAAACUCCAACAAACACAUAAAGGCUUUAAUGACCUUUGAUUUCAAAGAGUUGAAAACAAAGAAGAAUGAAGUAAAAAGCAUGGAAUCUCUGCUGGAUGAUUUCUUCAACAAAAAAAAUGCUAAACCGAUGAGCAACGAAAGAAUCUACAAUCAUGUCUGA